UAUACAAAUAAAUUUUUUUUAAGCAGUCAAUAAAACUUCCCGGUUCUGUAGUUAAAUAAUUUCUUAAAUUUAUUAAAGUGUGGAUCGGUUAACUUAUAUUUAGCAAUACAAUGUACAAUGCCGGCCUCGCUCAAGGCACAGAUCAUUUCCAGUUUAUAAAGAGCACGGAUCGGAAGAGCCUGCAUGCCCAGAUUAAGGCGCUUGUGGUCAAGGCCCAGGAAGUGGCGGCCGGCGAGCUGCGCGAGCGAAGCCAGCGCUUAAAGGAUAUGCUAGACAAUGAGGACAAGGACUAUGAGGAGGAGUUCGCCAACAAGGUGAGGUCGCGCAUCGACGAGGACAUAAGUGCGCGCAAGGCACAUCUGCAUGCCAUUAAGGAGGAGCACAAUAAGCGCCACAAGAGGUUCCUCGAUGCGAAGCGGGUGCAGCAGGUGAUGGAAAGCAGCUACGAGAUACGAGAGGCGCUGCGUCUGGAGGACCUCAAGAACACCAAGAUAUGCCAAGAGGAACAGAUCCUGGACAACCAGCGCAAGAAACAAAAAGAGUGUGAACUCGAAAACUAUUGGCGCACCCUUAACCAGCGGCGCUGGGAUGAGUUCGACCGCCUAGAGAAGUACGAGCUGUGCAAGCGCGAGCAGAUGCGGGAGCAGAUGUGCCACGUGCUGAAGUUGCAGAUGGAAGAGGGUGAGGAGAAGCGCCGCAAGGAGCGAGAGGAAAAAGAUGAAGAAGCACGUGAGCUGAACAAAAUUCUGGAUGAGCUUCGUCUCGAGAAAUUUGACGGGGAACACAAGCCUGCUAGCCGAGAGAGGCUGAAGUAUCGCAAUGAGCUUCUCGCGGAGAUCGCACGUCGCAAGCGCGAACGCGAUGCCGAGUGGCUGGCAGCCAAAGAGGAUCACAUGGCAUUCAUUCGGGAGACGCAGAGACUGGAGGCGGAGGCCAAGGCGUACAUCGAGAAUAGUAAGCGGGAUUUGAACCGAGCUACACACCAAUACAUUGCAUAUGUACGGCGCAUGCGUGCUCUGGAGCUGGGCAUUGAGAAGAUGAUGGACGACCGUACCGCGGAUCUGCACCAUGUGGACAUCUGCACUAAGAGCAACAUUGCCGAGAUGGCGCGCCUCAAGGGGGAGGAGGCGGCUCGCUGUCAUGCCAUAUUGAAGCAACAAAUCUGUGAGGAAGCCGAGCGUCGCAUGCGUUGGGAGGCUGAGGUACAUGAGAAUAAAAUCAUCGAGAAUCGAUUUGUGCAUCCACCGGUGACGAAGGAAAUGAUAUUGGAAAAAUAUCGUCAGAAUCGUCAUGAUUUGGAUGCUCAGAUCGCAGAACUGCGGCGCAUACGUGCCGAGGAAGAAAAACGUUUCGAGCAAAGGCUACAGAAAGCAAUUGAUGAUCCAGCUAUUUGCUCUCAGCUGGCCAUUGAGUAUAUACGCGAUGGGACGGACUACCUAGCCCCGCAUCCUAACUGGAAAAUCUACGGCUGUCCGCGUAACAAGUACGUUCAGAAGCCGCCCAUGACCAUGGAAGAGUUCGAUAAACGUGUGAAGGAGGCAAGCGUAGAUAAAUGCCCGUGUCCGGAUGCUGCCCGGUGUCAUUGCGGAUUUAUGGCUUUGCAGGAUACUACUAAGAAAAAUGUGCCAAAUACUACUAAGAAAAAUGUGCCAAAAGUCUGUACCCAAGAAGUACAUCUAGAUGUGCCACCGGAGGGCUGCAAUCCACGGAUCAAAAGAGAUGAAUUUAAAAACUGUCCCUGCCUGCCAUCUCAAAGGGGGCACGCAAACUUACAUCACAAGAAUCCUCACUAAGCUAAGCAUCCUCUACUUCAGUUCUUCCUUUUACUAACACUUGAAUAAAAUGUUUAUUUGGAGGCAAUA